AUUUAAAUUGACAUCAACGCGAGAUCAUCAACCCAACUCGCAAUCGGCACGUGAUGUUCUUACCCUGACCCUAUGGCAGCGGGAAAAAAUGGCAAUGUUCUACCUGAUCUGAGAGCUUUGAUAGAGAAGAUAUACUGUGAUAGAGAGACGUGAUGGCCGACAAACUUCGUGCGCAGCAACAGCUUGAGCAGCUUCAGACCCGUUUCAUCGGCGUGGGUCAUCCAGAUACGACCAAACAUGAAUGGAUGAACAACAUCCAGCGCGACUCGCUCGCGUCGUAUAUCGGCAAUCCGUCGCUGCUGCAGCAUUUCUCGGUCGCGCUGAAUGAACCGCAGCGGAAGGUUCGGACGAUGUUUAUCGAUAAAAUGAUACAGCCGUGUGGUCCGCCUAAAGAAAAGGAUUCAGAGAUGGAAGAUGCGUAGGGGGGCUAUGUCAGGAAACGUGUCCUUAGAAAGAGGAGAGACGUGAAGAAUAAGAAAAGUAUUGCAAUGGCAAGAAUUAUGUACGAUAUAGUUGUCUGUUUAGCGUUAUUGUUAUUACAAAUGGAGUUUUUGGGAAUGUAAAUUCAGGAUAGAUAGUUUACAGCAAACUACGUUCAGAGUUGUAGAUCAAUCACAACACUAUGCCAG